AUGGCACCAACGACUGUGGAAUCUCCUCGAGCGCCUACGGUGGGCCACACGACCGCAUCCCACGAGCCAGAUACCACAUCAAACUCAAAUCCUGCAUUUUACGCCACAAAUCGAUACAAGCUGGACUCGCUCCCACUAGAACUCGCCCCAGCAAAAGAUUUGACAUUGGAUCGGAAAAUUUCUGCGGCAUCGCGGCUCGCCGCCAAUGGCACGAUUCGAGACCUCCUCACCAAUCAUGGAGCCGUCCACUUCAAAGGACUAGGUUUGAAGAGCGCCGAGGAAUUCUCACGAUUUGCCCAAUCGUUUGGAUGGCGUCCACAUGAAGACAUCGGAAACCCUGUGCGAAGGACUGUCCUCGCGUACAAUGUUGCAACCGCCAACGAAGGUCCCAAUACUCAGCCAGUGUACCCUCACAAUGAGUUCGGAUUGAGUCCACAUUAUCCUGCUUAUGUAUUCUUUUACUGUCUUUCUGCUCCCGAGACCGGUGGAGAAACACCUGUCAACAACUCGAUAACCUUGUAUGACAAACUGAAACAGCAAGUUCCUGAUUUCAUCAAGGUCGUGGAAGAGAAGGGCGUCCGCUACCAGUUAUUCUAUCGCAAUCGGCCACGAAGUGACAUAAGUUCUCCCGGAACAUCCUUGCUGCAGUCUUAUGGCAUAAACGUCCUGGAUUCCGAUGACACGGAAACCGCACGUUCGAAGAUCGAAGAUGAAAUACGGCGCCUCCCGACCGCGACCUGGCAAUGGGAGAACCAGUCCCCAGACAACAAAUUGGGAGAUUUGCGUGUAUUUCAACGCCUGCCUGCAGUUAGACGACAUGAGCAGACUGGGAAGCAAGCUUUCUUCAAUAAUGUCAUCUCCAGGUAUUUGAAUGCUAAGACAGCAGGAACACUUGAUCCUCCGUACUUGAACAAGGAUGGCGACUAUCAGCCUCCAGCAUUGUAUGCCGACGAUACACCCAUACCCCAUGAAUAUCUCGAAGCUGCUGUUCAGAUUGUGAACGACACAAGAUCUCUGGUGUUGUGGAACACGGGCGAUGUUCUCUUGAUAGAUAACCAUGCCGUUCAACAUGGCCGAGAGCCUUGGACUGGUGACCGGAAGCUGCUCGCAAGUCUCUGGGACGAGCCAUCUGUUGGGGUGCAGAAGUCAUAG